AUAUAUAUGUAUAUCUAAACAUAUAUUCUUUAACAGGGGACAAUAAUGGAGCUCGAUGUGGACCUACAGUGCUCAAAAUGCUACAAAAAGGUCAAAAAACUUCUCUGCAAAUUUCCUGAAAUACGAGAUCAGGAGUAUGAUGAGAAGGCAAACAAGGUGAAAAUCAAGGUGCCCACGUGUUUUGUUAUUGUAAAUGCUGCAGCGGAAGGCCUUGGGGCCCAUGUUACUGUGGCGGGCAAGUCCAAUGGGUUCCGUGUCAUGGGAAACCCGUUUGCGACAGCUGGACCAGUUGUGGAGAAACUGAACCAGGCUGCUCAUUCAUGUAAAUACUAAUAAUAAGACUGUGUUUGGAAUCCAGCCAAGUUAAAUCCAAUAAUAAGUAACUGUUGUUUUACAAAUUAGAUUUAGAAUUUAAUUAGUUUGGAGAUCAGCAUUUAAAAACAUUAAUUUUUAUAAAUAUAAUUAGUUAAUAUAGGAUGUUUUUAAAG